AUGACUGGUGGUAUAGAGGAUACGCCUAGACCCAGAAAUCCAACGGUUGAAAGAAUAACAAAUCAAUUUGUGCGUGAAAACAUUGAUGCUGAUGGUAGAUCUGUUUCUGGUAGCUUUUUUGGGGGUGAUUCUUUUGAAAAUAUAAAUUUUGAUAGAUUCUCAGAUAGAAGAUCAAUAUAUUCAGCUGCACAGCAUAGAAAUGAUUCGAGGGAUUACACUCUUGAAGAAGUGGCUAUACCUUAUUUUGAAAAUCACAUUCAUCAGGAUGAUAUCUUAAAGUACAUAUCCUUCACUUUAGUGGGGACAACUUCAAAUUUGUUCCCAUUGAACAAUGGUGAAAUAGAACUACCUGAUAAUUUAAGCAAUAGUGAAAGUGGUUUAUUGCAUAUUGUUUUUGAAUGUGGCUUGAUAUAUCAAUUUUUGGUAUCUUUGAUUGAAAACUUCAAAUCAAAUAAAUCAUCCUCACCAACAAAAAAUGCCAUAAUGAGCUAUAUUUAUGAGGAACUCACAAAUUAUAUGAAAAUGGUUAAUAUAUUGUCUAAUAAGCAAACGUUCUCUCUACGGUCGCUAUUUGCUGAUUUAUUGGAUGAACUGGUGAAACUAAGAUUCUUAUACUUCAUCUCCAAGAGGGUUGGAAAUGAACCUGGCAACAAACUACUUUCUUUGGUCUACAGGUAUCAAAAUUUUGGAGACCAUACUGUGAGUGAAUCUUCUUCAAACUUAUUGAAAUACUCAUUAGAACCCUUUUUGAAAUGCCUCGCUUCCUGGUCUGUUGAUGGUGAACUGAUAGAUAAAUCAAAUGAAUUUUUUGUUUCGCGAAGUGACUCUUCUUCCAAGGAUAUAGAGGUCAGGUUUGAAGAGGACAAAGUACCCAGUUUUUUUUCAAAAGAAUUGGGAUUUCAAAUAUACCUCAUUGGUAAGACUAACAUUUUUUUGAAAAAAUAUUGUAAAGAAUCAAAGUGGUGCAAUUUGUUUUCACAGAAGCUCAAUAUAAUAUUCAACAGAGUGAGACUUAACAAAAUUGCAUUAUUCAAUGACAAUGAAUUUCAAAAAUCCAUCAAUGACCAUUACAGUGAAAUCAUCAACUAUUUCAACUAUGUUAUUUAUACAAAAUUCAAUUUUAUGAGUAUAUUAGAAUCACUGAAAGAGUUUCUUUUCAUGGGGAAAGGUGAUUUUAUUCAAGCACUAGUAACUAAUGGCAUUGAGCUAUUGAAUGAACCAUCAAAUUCUUUAUCGGGCCAUCAACUGACAAAGCUUCUUCAAAGUGCAGUAUUUGGGACUACAGUUAGAUACCAUUUGGUUUUUUCAGAUGAGCAUGACCUGCUAAAAAACCUUGAUGCAAGAUUGUUAGAAAUUGGGCAUGGAAAUGUUGGAUGGGAUGUUUUUACAUUGGACUAUCAGAUCCAGUCACCAAUUAGCUUGAUUUUAAAUGACGAAUUGAAUCAAUUUAAGAAAGACUACUUGAAGAUUUUCAACUAUUUAUGGAAGCUAAGAAGAUUGGAAACACUAUUCAUAGAUGAGUGGAGAAAAGAGAAGAAUCAGAGAUGGAGACAAUCAACUUCUUUUGGUCGUUCCUUAUUCAAGAAAAUUAACAGGAUUAGACUGGUUCAAAAUUUCCUUCGUGAUUUUUUUCGAAACAUAGAGAAAUUCAUUCUUGAAGAAAUCAUUGAAACUGAAUACAAAGAACUUUGUGAUCAACUUCGCCCAAAAGCAAAAAAGUUGAGGGUUCCUGUUGUUAAAACUGGUAAUGAUUUCAAAGUCGCAAGAGGUAUUUUAAGCCCUUCAGAUCACUACCUUGACGAGAUGAAUAAAUUCAGAUUGACGUUUGAAAGGAAAGAACAUGGUUACGAAGAACAUUCGAUUGAUGACUUGAAAAAUAUUCAUACCCAUUACUUAAAUUCCAUUACAAAACAUAAGCUCUUCAAUGGCUCGUCUGCAGGCUCAAAAGGUACGGUUUCAAAGAAAUACUAUAUAAAUCAGGUCAAUAGUUUGAUCAACUUGGUUUUCAAGUUUGUGAUUACUGUCAAAGAAUUUAACAUGUUGGUGGAUGAAUUUGAAGGACACUCAAGGUUCGGUGAAGAAUAUAGUGAAUCUGCUAACAUCUCUGGAAGAUUUUCAACAAUUUACAACAACCUUUUGAAGCUGUUUGAUGACUUUAAUUAUGAGUUGAAGAUAUUUAUUAAUGACUUAAGUAAUGAUGACGAUUUGAAGAUGAGGUACUUGGGUAUUUCAUUAAAUCAAUGA